AUGACACGCGGAGUAGUCGCAGGAAGACUAGCAUUGGUAACAGGCGCAGGGUCUGGACUAGGUCGAGCUACAUGCCAGGUGUUGUCCCGAGAAGGGGCUACUGUCAUAGCCGCUGACAAGAACUACGAUGCAGCCGUAGAAACUAUUAAGGACUAUACAGCAUUAGCAUCAGGUUCUAAUGACAGAGAUCACACUGCUGUAGAACUUGAUGUCUCAGACCCAUCUGCAGUUAGGAACCUGCUAAAGACUACUCUGGAUCAAUAUAAAGCACCACCAACUAUUAUAGUGAACUCCGCCGGUAUCACCAGAGACAACUGGCUCCUGAAACUGUCUCAGGAGGAUUAUGACAGUGUGCUCAAUGUUAAUUUAAAGGGCACUUUUUUGAUGAUGCAGACGUUCGCCAAGGCUAUGACAGAGGCAGCAGCUCCGGGGUCUAUUAUUAACUUUUCUAGUAUUGUUGGCAAAUAUGGCAAUAUGGGUCAAACAAAUUAUGCUGCAAGUAAAGCUGGGGUUAUCGGCAUGACGCAGUCGGCUGCCAAGGAAUUGGGACAAUUUAACAUUAGGGUAAACGCCAUUUUGCCAGGAUUCAUAGAGACUCCAAUGCUAAAGACUAUUCCUGACAAAGUACUGAAAGGCUUCCUGAAGUCGGUGCCUUUAGGUCGACUUGGCAAUCCUACAGAGGUAGCUGAGUUGGUUACAUUCUUGAGUUCGGACAAGAGUUCGUUCAUCACGGGUGCUGCUAUCGAUGUUACAGGAGGCUAUUAA